CCCCAUUACUUCAGUGGACUGCCAUUAAUCUCCGUCUCUCUCUCUCCUCCCUCUCUCUCUCUCUGUUCACCGAACUUGGAAGGGUGUAUUUAUUUAUUGGUUGAUUUCUGCUUUUGGAUCUAAAAAUACCAAAAUUCACCUGUUAAGCGCGCGGAUCUAUCCAUCGCAAUCAACGGGGCUUCAAAGAUUUGCGCAGAGGUGGGUCAGUCAAAAAUCAGAGAAGAAGCUGCUGCUGCCGCUGCCUUCCCAUGGGAGUUUUGAUGAGAUCUUGUUGAACAACUUAAGAACUUCUUUCCCGAGAGGAGCUGGAAUGUGCUGCUUGAGAUCUGAUUGAGCUGACUGGAAUGUACGUGGUGGGGUGCUCAGGAAGAGAUGAAAGGUGGAAGCUCAUAUAGAGUGAGGGCGAGACAUUUUUCUCUCACUCUGAUAGCUGUUGUUUUUACGACUCUGUUUCUUUGGAUUUGGGAGAAAAAUCCAUUCCUUCACUUGGCCCAAGAUCAGUUUCUUUUGCCAUCAUCAGGUUCGUCACCAAUGUUUUCAGAGUUUAUUUCUGAUCUCCCGGAUGAGUCCUUGCUAAAUGUAAAAGAGAAGGAGCAUUUCAAUGAAGUGGACCCAAAUUAUGUUAGACCAGAAACAUACACGAAAGCAAUACAGGAAAGUGAUAUUCCCUUCAACAACUCUACUUCUACGUCCUCCUCCUCUAUAAGGAAAGUUGAUGGGCAUUCAAGAACCUCCUCCACAAGAAAAGUAUGUAAUUAUGCUAAGGGUAGCUGGGUACCGGACAAUAGAAGACCACUAUAUUCCGGACGGAAAUGUAAGCAAUGGUUAUCAGAAAUGUGGGCUUGUAGGCUAACGCAACGAACUGAUUUCUCUUAUGAAGGAUUUAGAUGGCAGCCUGAUGAUUGUGAGAUGCCAGAUUUUGAUCGAUUUGCUUUCAUGAAAAGAAUGGAGGGCAAGACUAUUGCUUUCGUGGGAGAUUCCCUCGGGAGGCAGCAGUUCCAAUCCCUAAUGUGUAUGGUGACAGGCGGGGAAGAGACCCCAGAAGUUGAAGACGUUGGAAGAGAAUAUGGCCUCAUAAUUGCUAAAGGGAAUAUCCGGCCUGAUGGUUGGGCCUUCCGCUUCCCCCCAACAAACACCACGAUCCUAUACUACUGGUCUUCUAGCCUCUGUGACCUCCAGCCUCUCAAUGCAAGCGACCCCAAAACUGAAGUUGCGAUGCAUUUGGACCGUCCGCCUGCUUUCUUGAGCCGAUUCCUGGACCGGUUCAAUGUCCUGAUCCUCAACACGGGCCACCAUUGGAACAGAGGCAAGAUCAAUGCAAACCGGUGGGUGAUGUACAUAAAUGGGCAGCCCAAUCAGGAUAGGAGACUCGCUGCAGUCGGGAACGCAAAGAAUUUUACGGUCCACAGCAUUGCACGCUGGAUUGACUCUCAGCUUCCUUCUCAUCCUCGCCUCAAAGCCUUCUUCAGGACCAUUUCCCCAAGGCAUUUUGCCAACGGGGAGUGGAAUACUGGGGGCAGCUGUGAUAAUAUGACACCAUUAUCUAAAGGCAGCACAGUGUCAAAGGAUGAAUCAAGCGAUAUAGUGGUGGAGAGUGCCGUGCAAGGGACGAGAGUGAAGAUUUUGGAUAUAACAGCGCUUUCGGAACUCAGAGACGAGGGCCAUAUAGCUCGGUUCAGUGUCAAAGCUACCGAGGGGAUUCAAGACUGCUUGCACUGGUGCUUGCCCGGGAUCCCUGACACUUGGAAUGAGGUCCUCUGUGCCCAAAUCUAGCUCAACCCUUUCGUGAUCGAAACCAAGUUGUGCUUAAUAGUUAUGCUCACAUGAUGCAUGAUAGCGAACAGGUGUUUCUCGGACACAAGGAAGAGAGGGGAGCAGUCACAGCAGAUAAGCAUUUCUAGUUUCUUGUAAUUGUUCGAGAAACACAGUUGACACGAUAUAUAUGUCUAGUUUCCAGUUUCUCGUAAUAGCUCGAGAAACGGGAGUUUUGGUGAUAGGUAAGUUUUUAUCGGGUUGAAGGCUGCAAAGUGCUCUGCCCAGAUAUACAAUAUUUCUCGAGUAGUUUGAUAUACUUAUAUAUGUGUUGUACAAAUCUGAUGUAUGUUGUAACCCGAAACUUCCUUCUUCUAAUUGAAUGCUGCCGGAAUUUCUCAUUUGCAUUCGA